ACCACCAUACUACAUAACAAUAUGUACGGUAUAUCUAUAUACUGUAGAUCAAUUCAAUCAUAUUGCAUAACAAUGUAAACCGAUGAGAAAAUCAUUGGACAUGCAUUCAGGCGGGAUAGGGGGUGGGGGGGGGGAGAGGGGGAGGAGGUUGCGUUCGCUGUGUCGUCAUGCCUGUAAGGUUGUGACGUCAUGUCUGUAAGGUAGUGAUGUCUGUCUGUAAGGUAGUGACGUCUGUCUGGAAGGUUGUGACGUCUGUCUGGAAGGUUGUGACGUCUGUCUGGAAGUUUGUGACGUCUGUCUGGAAGGUUGUGACGUCCUGUCUGGAAAGCUAUGACGUCAUAUCUAGAAGGGUAUGACAUCAUGCCUGGCAGGUUAUGACGCCAUGCGACCGAGGGAAGGGACCUCCCUGCCGUCCUAAGGGUCUCUCUGUCCUUCGAAACGGAUGCAUGUUGCCUGCCUCAGUGGUGCUUGCUCGCCGUAAGUGAAAAAUCUACCAAGAGGUUUUUUUCUCAUUCUCUAUCUUGUCUCAGUUUCGUUUCUACUUCUGAGCUAAGUCAGUCUGAUUGAUUUGUUCUUAAUGCGUAAAAUCUGUACGUAUAUUUGAAAUUAAACUUGUUGAUAAUGGUUUGACAACAUUCCAGACAGCUGUAAUUCAUGUUAAUUAAGGGUUACAGUUGGAUACAAAAUUAACAGAUUCGCUUGCAUGACUGAUUAACUAAAAUAAAAAAACAUGGUCUCUCUAUACACAAACAGGUUAAUGAACAUAGUUAUUUUCACGUGAAAUCGAGUCAGUAGGAUUAUGUGAUGAUCUCAGAAUCACUUGUGGAGUUAUAUAUAUUUUAUGAGAACAGGGACGUGCGAAUAAGUAGUUAUUAUUAUAAUAAAUAAACAAAUAAAUAAAUAAAACGUUGUGUGCAUUUUUUCUCGGUGUUGACAGCUAGCAUGCACAAUCAGUCAGCAAUGUGUCGUCCUCGUGCAGGCACACACUCUAGCACGCGGAUCAGCCAAGUGGACGUGCACUGGCGGUGCCCUGGCUGCAUGCCCCCGGGUCUGGCGCCAAUCCACCCCCCGGCCCUACCCGCCCCCAAUCCCGCCCACUUUGGCGCCAAUCCUAGCUGCCUCCCGCCCAUGCACGAGCCGGCACCCGCAUGGCCACGCCGGAAUGGCCACAAGGAGGCCAGGGGCUUCCCUGGAACGAAGGGCCACCUGCAGGUAUGGGUCCAGCUCCUGCUCGAGCUGUUGCAACUGUUCCUCGACGUCGUCCUCGGGCGGUGAAGGGCUGCGCGCACUCGGGCCCGCCCAGCCGCCCACGCGGGCGCUGGGGGCCUGCUGGGGCCGCGCGCCAGGCUGGAUUCCUGCAGGGAAGCGGAGGGGUAACCAGAACCUCCCUUUGUCUAGGGGCAAGAUGGGGGGAGUGGCACCCACAGCGCCCUUAGAGGGAGGAAGGGCGCUCACCACACACCAAGGUUCUCGGGGGAAGCACCAGAGGGAGGGGGGGGGGGGUCACUACAACCCGCACUGUAGCCUGAAGAAGGGGAGGGAGGAGGAGGACGGGGCUGUCCGUGUCACCCCGAGGGACAGCGACGCGAGAGCAGCAGAUCAGCCUAUUUGCGAAUUUUCCUAUCAGUCUAUGGAAGGGGC